UCUCACUGAGAAAUUCCACAAAAUUUUCGAUUUUUAACCCACUGGAUCCUUCUCAAACCCUACCAAAAUCAAUUCUUGGACCAGUUUGGAGCUCCAGGAUCAAUUUGAAGUAGAGUUUUGCUUCCCUGAAUUGGAAAAUUGGAGGAAAAAUCCUUUCUUUGAAGCUAUUUGUACUGCUGGGGACUGACUCUGUUUUGAUGUUCAGAUUGGGUGUUUUGCAGUUAAUAGUUGAGUAAUUCUGGUUCAUGAUUGAUGGAGACACUGCCUUUCUGUUGUUCUUUGGUUUCAUGUUACCGAUUGAGUAGUUUAGAUUGUAAAUCUUUAGGAAACAACUUUAGUUUGAGGCAGUCCAGAGCUCUUGUAAAUGGAAGAACUGUUGUUAUGUUUGCCAGUGCAAAAUCAAUGGCAAGUUUUGGAACUCCAUGUCAAGAUAGUUAUGAGAUUGAGAACCUUUACAAGAAAGAAGGUGCCAGAUUACUAGGUCUGCUUGAAGAAUAUUCAAAUCAUGCUUCUUCUCAGAGCGCGAAAGAUAAUUGCAAUUAUUAUGUAGCUGAUGGAAAUACAGGCUUAAGAGGAGUGUCUACAGAGGCUGAUGAAGUUACAAAAAUUUUGAUCCCUGGAUUGCCUGAGGGAUCUGAUGGUAAUAAUGGUUCUCCAAUUAGUAGUUGUUUCUGGGAAUGGAAGCCUAAGUUGUCUGUGCAUUAUGAGAAAUCGGGGUCAGAAAAUGUUGGUGCGCCGGCUGUGUUAUUUCUUCCUGGUUUUGGUGUUGGAACUUUUCACUAUGAAAAGCAAUUAAGAGAUCUUGGUCAGGAGUACAGAGUUUGGGCUCUGGAUUUUCUUGGUCAAGGGAUGUCAUUGCCGUCUGAAGAUCCAGCUCCUUCUGGGAAAAUGGGAGAUACUUCUGAUGAGAAGGAGGUUGCAUGGGGUUUUGGAGAUGAAUCUGAACCAUGGGCACAUGAGUUGGUUUACUCUGUCGAUUUGUGGCAAGACCAAGUGAAACAUUUCAUAGAAGAGGUUAUUGGUGAACCGGUGUACCUUGUGGGCAACUCACUUGGAGGUUUUGUGGCUUCGUACUUCGCAGCAUGCAACCCACAACUAGUGAAGGGGGUAACAUUGCUUAAUGCAACACCAUUUUGGGGCUUUCUCCCGAACCCUAUCAGAUCGCCGCAAUUAUCCAAAAUUUUCCCCUGGGCGGGAACAUUCCCUUUGCCUGAAAAUGUGAAGAAGCUCACACAAUUCGUAUGGCAGAAGAUAAGCGACCCAGUAAGUAUACAAGAGGUUCUGAAACAAGUCUAUGCAGACCACUCAAUUAAGGUUGACAAUGUCUUCUCACGUAUAAUUGAAACAACACAACACCCUGCAGCAGCAGCUGCAUUUGCAUCAAUAAUGUUUGCACCAAAAGGACAGUUAUCUUUCCAGGAAGCCUUGUCUAGGUGCAAAAUGCAAUCUGUUCCCAUUUGUCUGAUGUAUGGUAAGGAAGACCCUUGGGUGCGACCUGUGUGGGGACUUAAAGUGAAGCACCAAUUACCUGAAGCGCCGUAUUAUGAGAUUAGCCCCGCAGGACACUGCCCACAUGAUGAAGUUCCUGAGGUUGUGAACUAUUUACUCCGCGGAUGGAUCAAGAACCUCGAGUCACAAGGUUCUGCCUCAUUGCCUCUCCUUGAAGAACUGAAAUCCAUUAAAUAUGGUGUCUCUAGAGAACUUGAGUACAUUAAUGACGGCACACGGAAGUCUGUUCAAGUGCGUGCCUAUGGAUCGAAAUUCUCAAUCUGGAACAUGAUAAGGUCUUUCAUGAAGUCCAGAUCUGCAGGCUUGCAAAUGAACUCUCACUAGUUCAUACUUCUCCAUCUCCAUCUUGUCAAAGCAAGUGUGAAUCCAGCAUGGUGUAUAUAGUUUAUUCUUUAUCCACUGAAUGAUAAUUACACUAUACGGUUCAAGAAAGCAUUGAAUUCUCUGUCAAUUGUGUA